AUGGCGCUUUCAGCAUGUCCGGGGCCGCUGGUUUCUCCAGCUUCAGCGCCAGUAGCGCCGCCAGCAGCCGCCCCCCAGCCAAUUCCGGCUCCAGCUAGAGCGGAUAAAUGCGCGCAACGGCUUCGGUCCUCUGACAUCAGCUCCUACUUCAUCCAAACGACGUUGCGCCAACCUCCAGCCGACUUCCCAGACCCAGCUUUCGAGGGCUACGACACUGAAAGCGAAGGCCCCCUCGAGCCUGUUACGCCUGUCAGCGGCCGCCAAUCGCGGGAUUUCACGUUGAGGCAUGCAUAUGAGCAGGAUUCGGACGACCUUGGCGGUGUCAGCUCUCAGCAGCAUUCAACCGGUAUUACAACAGCUCCAAAUAAGCCUGCCAUCCUCCCGUCAGUCUUUCACAAGACGGUAAAAGCAGCAGCAUCGCCAGGAGCAGCCCCCUCCCUGCUGAGUCCGGCCUCGGCAUCUAGACCAAGCUCCAGCAACUUUGUCUCUCCCGCUCUCUCGGUGCCAGCUGUCUCAAUUUCAAACCCGGAAUCAGAAACCACAACUUCAUCCGCACUGGUGCCUACUUUCAGUAAUAGCAGCAAAUUUUUUACACCUUUAUCCCCUGCUUCAAGCCGGCCCUCUGUGCUGGAACCUCCCUCGCCAUCAAGACUCUCCACCCGGCUUUCCAUCUCCAGUCUCAGAAGCACAAUGACCAACUUCUUUCGUCGUCCUGGUACGCAGGACGCUGCCGUUUUCGAUGCGAGCUCGCCUAUCCCUUCUGAAGCCUCCUAUUUACAGCGGCCCCUGACGAGCAGCGCUCGCCCGGCUACACGUUCAAGUCGCUUUUCUUUAACCCGGUCGUCCAAUGCCACUACCCGGUCUAAUUCGCCUACACCCCCAUCUCCGGGGACUCCUUCUAAGAAGAACCGUGCGUCAACCGGUUUCAGCCUGCGGGGCCGUGCUGUUGGGUUUGUUGGCACAGCAGUUGGCCGGCCUGGAAAGGCCGUAUCGCGCCGUGCUAGUAGCUUCGACGCUGGGAACCGCGGGCCUCUUCCUCGCCAGGGCAGCAACGCCCCCAAUGGCCAAACGUAUCCUCCUGAGCGGCUCCCUUGGGCAAUGCCGCCUGAGGCCGGCACAGGCGCCAAGGCCCGUCGUAUGAGCUUGAGCUUGCCGGACGACUUCAACGUGGACGUUGCUGAACUGCAGGAUGAAUUCGAGUAUCAGAGCAAGCUUCUGGGCCGCCACGGCAAGCAUCUCGGAAAGGGGGCUGCCUCCAAGGUCUCGCUCAUGGUGCGCAAGGGUUUCCCUGGCGAAAUGUACGCCGUCAAGGAGUUUCGUAGCAAAUCUAGCCGCGAAAGCAAGGCAGAGUACGAAAAGAAGAUCAAAUCGGAAUUCAGCAUCGGCAAGAGCCUGCACCAUCCCAACAUUGUCGAAACAGUUCGCCUGUGCUCAGAUCAUGGACGCUGGAAUCAUGUCAUGGAAUACUGCUCCGAGGGUGACCUGUUUAGCCUUGUGCAAAAGGGUCAUUUGAAAGGCGACGCCAAACUCAAGGAUCGCCUCUGCCUCUUCAAGCAGCUCGUCCAGGGCGUCAACUAUCUCCACGCCAACGGCAUUGCUCACCGUGACAUCAAGCUUGAAAAUCUACUCAUUACAAGGGAUAGCAAACUGAAAAUCACAGAUUUUGGUGUCUCCGAAGUCUUUUGUGGCACUCAUCCCGGACUUCGUGAGGCUGGCGGCCAGUGUGGUAAGAACAUGGGAGAGAUCCGGCUCUGUUCUCCGGGCAUAUGCGGCAGCGAGCCCUACAUUGCGCCUGAGGUGCUUCAGAAGAAGGAAAACUACGAUGCACGAGCUUUGGACGUAUGGAGCACUGCCAUUGUCAUGAUUUACAUGACUUUUGGCGGCGCCAUCUGGUCCAAAGCCGAGGCUGGCAACCUUCACUACGACAAGCUGGUGGCCGGUUGGGAGAAAUGGAACAAGAAGCACCAGGGCGAUAAAGAUGCCACAAUCACAGAGACAGACUACCCCAAGUGCCUGGCCCUUGAUAUGGGUGUCAAUCCUCCGCCUCUGCGGCGCAUCUUGCUACAAAUGCUUAACCCAGACCCCAACAAGCGCAUGUGCGUCUACGACGUGAUUACGAGUCGCUGGGUCAAGAAUAUCGAAUGCUGUCAGCUCGAGUCGUACGACGAUCCCAAGCUCACAAUCGAUGCGACAAAGAAAGAUUACGGCGCCAAGAAUGGAAGCAAAAUCUUUUGCCACAACCAUUUACCGACCAAGAACUUUGGCAGUCAUUCGCUGGGUAAAAUGCCAGGGCAGGCCGGCUACUGA